UCCUUUUACGGACAGUCCCCCGUCACACCACAGACGAGACUUGAGUUGCUCUCACCCGACUUCGUCCUCCGUCGUUUGAUCAAUCCUCUCUCAAGAUUCGGGGUGGGAGAUCCUGCGCGCGCAAUCAGUCGCUGUCCAGGUCUUUUUGCAGCCGCGAUUAUGCGCGAGCAGGGGGAAGACUCGCGUCUCGAUGCAGCUCUUAAAACGCUCAGUAUGCUGCUUUCUCGCAAGGAUCUUGCAACUCUAAUCAAAAACUGCCCUGAAGCGCUGACAAGGUCCCCAGACGAACUCGUGGAAAUCUACACCUACCUGACGGAGACGAUGGGCCUUGCGUCCUCCAGUGAGGUGCAUAGCGCAUCUCAUCAUCCACAUGAAAUGCGCCACUCCACGAGGAUACUUAUCUCCACGUGUUCUGCGUGGCGUUUGCCUCUCGACCAAGUCGUCGCGCGUCAUACCCUCCUGCUCUUGGCUAAUCAAUGGCCACCAAAAUUUUCGGACUCUAAAGCGACCUCUCGUGACAAGAUAGUCAGUCAACUACUUUCCUGUCCUCCGGCACGCUUCUCCCAUUGGCUCCAGAGUUGCGGUUUGGAGGAGGAGUUGAAAGGGGAGGAGGCAGAAUUAGCCACCGAUCCCCGCACUGUUCAAACCUACUUCUCCGCAGACGACGUUAAAAUCUUUGAAACCAUCUGUUCGAACUUGACCUCUACAAACUCGGUCGACGCGACUGUCCCCUCCGAAGACUUCGCGGACAGUGAUGUUGAGGAUAACGAGGACGAGGAAUGUGAUUGCGCCAGUCCCAGUAGAUGA